GCUUGUAAUGCGCUUGUAAUGAACCUGUACUAUGUAAUGUGAUGUUUAAACUAACUGUGGCGCAGAAAAGUUUCCGAAAAUGGCUUUACACGCGCUCACGAUAGGAACUAACGGCUGCGUUUGGCGAACGCGACGGUUGCGCAACGAUUGAGCAAUUCAUCAAUGCGAUUGGUCUAGAUUUAGGGAUCUAACAGUAUAUACUAAUGAUCACUGAUUGUGCUCACUACUGAUCUGCUGAACGCAGCCAAUGAUGGAAUGUCCAACAAUGUUGAGAGAAGGGGGAGUUGGCAGUUUGAAUCUAGCCGCUCAUCGACGACAACGCGAGUACGAGCAAGAAAGAGGAGGAAGGAUGCCUGUAGUUCCGUGACCAGCUGAUAAAAACCCAUCCACACCGAAUCCACACAUAGAAUCCGGCGCACAGAAGUUAUGAGCUAAAUCCCCGCGGUUCAAGUCACAGCCGUCGUAAAAAUCUCCGGCCACAUUAGAGAGAAAGAGAGAGCGACGUCGCGAGCCAAAGCAACCAACAGCGGUAACAGCCCCUCGCAAUGGAGGCCACGUGCCACGAGGAUAAGAAGUUUCAAUCCAGUUGGAAAUUGUUUCCUUCCUCGAACGAGCCGGCGAGGAGAGACAGCCCCGUGAAUCCUUACCAUCGAUUCGUCCUCGCGAGGAUGUGCCCGAAGUGGCUGCAGCCAGACGCCGUCGACGACAGCAUCGUUAGCGGCUUGCCGGAAUUCGAAUGCGGCGUGUUUGUCGAUUCUCACAUGGACGCGUGCUCCUGCUGUCCCCGGAAACCCUCGGAUCAGGCGGGCCAAGAGACCAGGUCGCGCGGCUGCUGUCGGGAGGACUGGGCGAGGAAGGCGGCUUAUCGGAAAAUCAAAGAGAAAGUAGAGGAGGCCGUCAAGAGGCACAAGGUAUUUCUCAUACGGGGCGAGCUGCCAAGGCUGAAGGAGGCGCUUGAGGCGCGGGGCUGGGUGCAGAAAUAUGAGUCGACUAAAACGAGAAUGCUGCCAUACGGUGCCACGACUAACUUAGAAACUCGCUCCUUGAGCAAUAUCACGCGAGCGGACGGAACGCUGAACGAGAGGGCCGUGAUUUUCGCCCUUCUGCGGGACAAGCAGCCCGACUUCAUAUGGGAUUGCAGGAACGAUUUUGUCGAGUGGCAGCACGGCUUGGGUAGCUUCGUUCUGCUCAAUAAAUACCAGCGCCCCUUCGAUUACACCUCGAAGCUCGGAAUGGCGCGUUCACUGGAGGAUGCAUAUUGGCUAUACGAGGAGAACGUGUCCGACGUCCUGUUCCCGCGUAGCUACAACCCCGCCGAGGACCAGCGAGCUUUCCUGGAGGACUUCCGGCUGACCGCGGCCGCGGGCCUGCUCAAAUGGUUCGUUCGCGAGCUGAGCGCUGCCGAGGAGCCGGCGAUCCUCGCAGCCAAUCCAACGCGACGGAUGAUUCCGGUCGCCAGACUGGACUUCGCGGUGGAUUGUUGCGAGGAUUUCGUCGCCGUCGCGACGCACGGGGAUAUCGACUUCGUGGCUGACAAACGGUCGACCGACGAGGAAUGGCACGUUUUUCUGGAGGAUUACACGGCGGCGCUUCACCAUGGAGCCGGCCUCGAGAGCUCGUCGGAGGGACCCGAGCACGUUCAGAGAUGCUUCGAGAACGCCGUUGCGACUUUGGAGAAAUUAAAGAUGGUCGACCCACAAUACGCGAUGAGCGGCAUGAGAGGCAUUUGGAUCCUGAAACCCAGCGACCUAUGCUGCGGCAACGGCAUCGUUAUAUCUCACGAUCUCACGGACAUUCUGCAUAGGGUCGCGGAGAAGCCGACGGAUUACUACAUCGUGCAGAAAUAUGUUGAAUGCCCCCUGCUAGUCAAAGAGACCAAAUUCGACAUAAGGUUGUGGUUCUUGGUAACGAGCACUUUCCCCCUGACGAUAUGGAUCUUCAGAGAAGCGCUUCUACGCUUCAGCUCGCAGCCGUACACCUUCUCGACCUACCACGAGUCGAUUCACAUUUGCAACACCGCCAUUCAGGAGAAGUACGACGACGAGCGAAGGCGCAGGCAGCGUCGCAGGCAGGACGGCCCCGAGGAGCCCGCCAGCAGAUCGCUGCGCGAUCAAGGAUGGGACUGCGAGAAGCUGAACGAAUAUUUGAAAUCGAUAGGCCACAAGGGCGAGCCAUAUCAUGAUCUAAUUUACCCGAAGAUGGCACAGGCCGUCGUCAUGAUGAUGCUGACGGCGCAGGAUCACAUGGAGCGGCGGCGUUGCAGCUUCGAACUUUACGGCGCCGACUUCGUGGUCGCCGAGGACCUGUCGAUUUGGCUGAUUGAGAACAACACGAAUCCCCGCAUGCAUCCGCCCAGCUCCAGAAUCACGAAGCGCCUCUACUCCAGCGUGCUGGAGAGCCUGGUGAAAGUGAUAAUGGACGCGCCAGUGGACGCUUGCGCCGACACGGGUGGCUUCAGUCUACUCUACAAGCAGUACAUACCCGACUUCCAACCUUACCUCGGUCCCUGCCUCUCUGUGGCCGGCGAGUCGAUGACACUGCACGAGCAGCCGCGGAAGCCGGAGAAAGAAAGAAGGACAAACAUUUGCGGUCCCUGGAGCAAGCAACGUGCAAAGACCGCCCCGCCCAUGAUCCCACACUCGAGAGAGCCAAAUGUGGUCGACCUUAUUGACCACUUGAACGCGGCGCGAUGCACCACGGCCAAUUGACGCGACGCCUUUUCGGCCGGCGCCGAGGGACAAACAGGAGCGAGUCAUCCGGAACGUAAUACCUUCGAUCCCUUCAAUUUCUGCAAGUGAGUUGGUUUGAAGUCAUCGCGUUUUAUCACGUCGGCGGAAGAGAUUUUACGACGGCUGUUCGGCGAACCUCUCAUGCAUAAGUACCAGACACUCAAGAUAAAGACAAUCGUUUUAUUAUUGAUAUGUACAUAC